ACGGCCACGCAUCGCUUUUUACGCACAACGCGAUCGUGUUAUUAGAGUCCGCGCAGCUCACUCUUUCUCACAUUAUGAUGGUUUCAUGUGCAACAUACGUCAAUAUGGUGCAAUUUUGAGCUUUUUGAGAUCGAUUUACACUUUUCCCGGAGCUGCAGAGUUGAUUUAUCACUCGCUUUUGUCGUGCGUAAAACCUAUUUGAAACUAAAACAUAAAGAUGGAAAACUUCACAACAGUUCCAGAGCUGAACCACACUUUGGGCGUUUGGACGGACUACAGUAUCCAGUACAAAGUGAUAAGUAGUUUACUGCUUUUUACGAUUUGCGCUUUAGGAAUCGUUGGCAACGUUAUGGUCAUUCUGGUGGUGCUCACAACCAAACACAUGAGGACUCCAACCAACUGCUACCUGGUGAGUUUAGCCGUGGCUGAUCUGAUGGUGCUGACAGCGGCAUGUUUACCGAGCAUCACGGACAGCAUCUUGGGAUCCUGGGUGUUUGGCCACUAUGGGUGCCUCUUUAUCACCUACUUCCAGUAUCUCGGGAUCAACGCCUCCUCUUGCUCCAUAACAGCGUUCACCAUAGAGAGAUACAUCGCCAUCUGUCAUCCGAUUAAAGCCCAGUUUCUGUGCACCCUGUCCAGAGCAAAAAAGAUCAUUUUGUUUGUUUGGGCAUUUACUUCUCUGUACUGUGUGAUGUGGUUUUAUCUGUCAGACAUCAAUGAGCUGGUGUAUGAAAACAUAACCAUCAUCACCUGCGGCUACAGAGUCCCCAGGAAGUAUUAUUUACCCAUUUACUUUUUUGAUUUUGGCGUCUUUUUCGUGUUGCCGCUGCUGCUCUCUGCGGUCUUGUACGGCCUCAUCGCCAGGAUCCUUUUCCUCAACCCGCUACCCUCCGACCCCAAAGACAAGAAGAAAAACGGACUCAACAACAACACCAACAAUAAGAGAACCAGCUGCAAAAACUCCCGUCACUCCAGCUCCACCGCGACCUCCCGCAGACAGGUGACCAAGAUGCUGGCUGUGGUGGUAAUCCUGUUUGCCACGCUCUGGAUGCCGUACCGCACUCUGGUGGUGGUCAACUCCUUCCUGGACCGGGCCUACCUGGACAGCUGGUUUCUGCUGUUCUGCAGGAUCUGCAUCUACCUCAACAGUGCCAUCAACCCGGUCAUCUACAACGCCAUGUCUCAAAAGUUUCGCGCCGCUUUCCGCAAGAUCUGCUGCUGCGGGAGGAAAGGCUUGGAUAAACCCGCCGCCUACAGCGUGGCCCUCACGUACAGCGCAGUCAAGGAUUCCUCGAUGGUGGAGGGCACCGAUCACUUCACAACGGAGCUGGAGGAGCUCACCGUCACAGACGACCUGCUGUCUGAUCAGAAAAUGAUGUUCCCAGACCCUUGUGUGUACGGGAAGGUGAAUUUCAGCGACGCCUAAAGUUCGUUUGAGGCCAGACGAUUCUGAGGGUCAAUCAAGUUUAAAAGAGUUUUAAAAUGUUGCUUCAUGGAGUCUGUUAAGCAGGAAUAUUGUUUUCUGAGUGCCUGCUGACCUUUUCAAAGCCAGGCUGCUUUGGCAAGAGAUGUAAACACAGAUUGAAGCUAUGUGUAAUGACAGUCUUUGAGGCACAAAGCUGAGAAUGAGCCUGUACAUUGUAAAGCAACACACAUCGUCAGAUAAGCCCCCUCUUCUUGCAUAGGUGUUAUCUUAUCUUGGACCUAACCACAUUACACACUGUAUAUGAGUCAACAAAACCAAAACGGUAUUGGAUCGUCACAGGGACAUAUCAUGAAAAACUUUUUUAGUCCUUGUACACAUACAUUUGGGUAAAUGGAGUGCAACCCACAGGGUUUGUGGGCUGCUUAGAUCAGAAUACUGCUCUGAUCAGA